AUGAGAAGUGGUGAGGAUGAGAUUAUGCCGUCAACUUCGACAUUCCUAUUUCCGGAUUUGAUGACACGGGAUGAGCUUGUCGCUAUUUUAAAACGUAAAUUCAGAAGGAUAGGUGUCAAUACAAACAAAAUAGGCAAGCUUACAGACGAUGAAUUAUUGCAACAGUUCAAGAAAUUCACAAUGCCGAAACCUCAACGAAAGGAAUGUAUAUCUUAUGCAAAUAAUUCAGGGGAAGUAUCUGUGGCUAAAUUGGAGAAUUCGGGAUCAGUAUGCAGUAGAGUUAAUCCGAUUAACAGGCGGCGAACUGCUUGCGGAAAACGGCUUGCCGUCAACAGCGUAGAGUGUCAUUCUGUAGAGAAAAAUGCUCGGAAACAUUCUCCCAUACGAUUUCCAUAA